AUCCCCCCCGCGCCUGGCGCGGGUGCGGGGGAGAAGCGGGGGAGGGGGCAGCAGAGCGGGGGAGGGGAGGGGAGGGAGGGGCGGGAAGGGCGGGAAGGGCGAGAGGGGAGGGAGGGGCAUGUGCCGUGUUUUGGGGCGGCAGGGGGAGGGGAGGACGGGACAGAGCACAACUGGGGAGGGGCGAAUCUGGGGAGAAUCUGCCCACGCCCAAGCAGAUCCGGGCAGCUCUGGAUGAAUUUGUGAUCGGGCAGGAUAAUGCGAAAAAGGUUUUGGCAGUGGCAGUUUACAAUCACUACAAGCGCAUCUUUCUUGAAAAACCAGAAGCGGGAAAGACUUGCCAACCUGCCAGAGGGGUGAGAAGGGGUAAAAAAAAGGCGAGAGGAGGUUCAGAGGGGGCGUGCGAGAACCUGGUGGGGGGCGGUGAGGAGGACGAGGUGGAGGUGGAGAAGAGCAACGUGCUGCUGAUGGGUCCCACGGGUUCAGGCAAGACCCUACUGGCCAAGACUCUGGCUCGGUUUGUCAACGUGCCAUUCGCCAUUGCUGAUGCCACCACUCUCACUCAGGCUGGUUAUGUGGGAGAGGACGUGGAGAUGAUUCUCUAUAAGCUGCUGCAGAGCGCCAAUUUCAGUGUGUCAGCAGCGCAGCAGGGCAUCGUGUAUAUCGACGAGAUCGACAAGCUUACCAAGAAGGCAGAGGGCAUCACGAGCACACGGGACGUGUCAGGGGAGGGCGUGCAGCAGGCGCUUUUGAGGAUGCUCGAGGGCGCUGUGAUCAAUGUGCCAGAGAAAACAGGGAGGAAGAAUCCAAGAGGCGAGUUCAUACAGCUGGACACACAGAACAUUCUCUUCAUCUGUGGAGGGGCAUUCGUGGAUCUGGAAAAGACGAUUGCAGAGAGGAAGCACAAGUCAUCCAUCGGCUUCGGGGCCCCCGUGCGCGCAUCGCUGCGCAACCGAUCGGUGCUUGACGCCCGCACUGCCGGCUCGCUGCUGCAAUCGGCAGAGAGCACGGAUCUGAUAGCCUAUGGGCUCAUCCCUGAGUUUGUGGGGCGAUUCCCCGUGCUGGUGGGGCUGCAUGCGCUCACAGAGGAGCAACUCGUGCAGGUUCUCUUAAAGCCCAAGAACGCCCUCAGCAAGCAAUUCGCCAAGCUAUUGGCCAUGAACAACGCCCGCUUGCACAUGACGGAGGGGGCAGUGAGGGCCAUAGCGCGCAGAGCAGCAGCGCGAAACACGGGGGCCAGGGGGCUGCGAUCGCUGCUGGAGGGGCUGCUCACCGAGGCUAUGUACGAGGUCCCCAGCAAUCUGGUGGAAGCAGUGGUGCUGGACGAGGCAUCGAUGGGGCACGAGGGGGAGGAAGGGGAAGAGGGCAAGCCGGUCCCCAGCAGUCUAGUGAAGGCAGUUGUGUUGGACAAGGCAUCGGUGGGGCACGAGGGGGAGGAGGGGGGCGACGGGGUCCCCAGCUCUCUGGUGGAAGCAGUGGUGCUGGACGAGGCAUCGGUGGGGCACGAGGGGGAGGAGGGCGAGGACGGGGUACCGGGGUGUGGGGCCCACAUACUGCAAGGGGAGGGCUCGUGGGAGCGGUGGUUGCAGGAUAACGAGGGGGGAGGAGAGAAGGCGGGAGGGAAGGGAGAGGAGGGCCAAGGGGGAGGAAGCAAGGGAGGCUCAUCUGGGGGAGGUGGAAGUGAUGAGGAAUCGGAUGCAGCUCCUGCUCUUGCCACAGCCACUGCAGCUUGA